GUAUAAAAGGUGAAAGUGGGGGAAAAGUGAUGAUCUGAGCUCAUUUGGGGAGUUUUCCAAACCCACAUCCAGUCACACGCUCUUCAGAGAGGACGCUGAUAUCGACGAUGGCCGAUCACGACCUGGUUCUGAAAUGCUGGGGGGGCGUAGAGGCCGACUUCGAGGGUCACGGAGGAGAAGUUCUGACCCGUUUGUUUAAGGAGCAUCCGGAGACUCUGAAGCUGUUCCCGAAGUUUGUGGGCAUCGCUCAGUCUGAUCUGGUGGGAAACGCGGCGGUGGCGGCCCACGGCGCGACCGUGCUGAAGAAGCUGGGCGAGCUGCUGAAGGCCAGAGGAGAUCACGCCGCCCUCCUCAAACCGCUGGCCACCACACACGCCAACACGCACAAGGUCGCCCUCAACAACUUCAGGCUGAUCACGGAGGUGCUGGUGAAGGUGAUGGCGGAGAAGGCGGGUCUGGAUGCGGCUGGACAGAGCGCACUCAGGAGAGUCAUGGAGGCCGUCAUCGGAGACAUCGACGCUUACUACAAGGAGAUCGGAUUCGCCGGUUAAACGACACGCUGAGCGUCACGAACUCAGCGGCAUCACAGAAACAACGCUUGUCUUGCUCAUGCAUUAGUCAAUAGAAAUUACUGUGCAGCUAAUACGAUUAAAAACUAUCCGCAGAGAACAAAUCAUGUCUAAAACCCAAAUAAACAUGCAACUGUUAGUCAGGACAAGCGCCGUGUUUCGUUUUGAUUUUGACGGGAAUGAAAACAAGGCUGGAACUGAAGUAAUUACAGCGCGUUCACUGGACUGUACUGUUGACAACAUACUGAUUGUUCAGCUGACGAAACUCAAUACAACUUUCUCUAGACACAAACU